AAACAAUAUUUAUUCGAAAUCAAAGUUAAAUGGCAUUUUGCUGAUGUUGAAAAGUAUUUAUUUAUUGUUAGUUGAGUGUUGCCUCAAACGCCCCGUGCCGUUAGGUUGCAUCACUGAAGUGUCCGAGGACACCUGAACGCAGCGCGGCGGUGACAGCUCAGAGCCAACAUGGCGGCUGUUAGCUGAAGCAGCCGGACUCCUCCUCCGUCUGUUGUUCCUCUGAGACCCGGCAGGUAACGCACCAGGAGCGGGCAGGAAUCAAAGGAACACUCGGAUAACGGAUGCCCGUCCUUUCUGCUUCUCUCCCGGUUCUUUUCUAGCUGCUGUUCGGUAUGUUCGGAGCGGACUGACACGACAACAGCAGCAGGCUGAAGGUGGAGCGUCUUCCCGGGGUUUCCUCACCUGUCUCCCGGUAGACUCCUUCUUCUCCAUCAUCCUCCCACAUACCUGAUGAUGUCCUCGCAUCCAACAAAGCCUUCUGGCUCCACCUCCAAAUCCCAGCUACAGCCCUCCACAGCUCUGGACUCCCUGUCCGUCUCUUCCCUCCUGUCUGGGGAUCUAGAUGAUGAUGGAGGAGGACCAGGAGGAGGUCAAGAGGAAGUAUUGGGAGAUCUGGAGGUCAACCCGUAUGAUGGUUUACCCUUUUCAUCGCGGUACUACACCUUGCUGGAGGACAGGCAGCAGCUUCCUGUGUGGAGGCUCCGCCAGAGUUUACUGGAACACCUGGAGAACCACAACAUGGUGCUGCUGAGUGCACCAAGCGGGGCUGGGAAAAGCACCCAGGUGGCGCAGUGGUGCGUAGAGUUCUCUCUGUCCUUUGAGUUUUCCCACGGCCUGGUCUGCUGCUCUCAGCCGUACUCUGAGGCGGCGCUGAGUCUGGCUCUGCGCGUGGCCGACGAGAUGGACCUCAGCCUGGGCCUGGAGGUGGGCUACAGGGUGUCACAUGACGACAGCUGCACACCUGACACCUUACUCAGGUUUGUCAGCGACACUCUGCUCCUGGGGGAAAUGAUGUCGGACCCCCUGCUGCGGCAGUACGGUGUGGUCAUCCUGGACGAGCUUCAGGAACGCACCAUUCCCACCGACGUGCUGCUGGGCCUGCUGUGCGACGUUUGCCGCCAGCGACCUGACAACUUCCGGGUGGUCCUCCUCGCUCAUCCGACAGUCGCUCCUCGCCUCGCUGCCUUCCUGGGAUCCUCCGUCCCUCACCUCUCCCUGGACAACCUGGGAAGAGAGCCCCUGGAGCAGGAAAACGUCCAGGAGGACAGGAAGGCUUCAGUGGAAAUCAUGUACCGGGAGCUUUCAUCAGGGAAGGAACCGGUGUCUGCUGCCUGUCACAUGGUGCUGGAUCUGCACCGCAGAGGAGAGGAAGGAGACGUGAUGGUGUUUCUGGCCAGUUCUCAGGAAGUGGAGGAGUGUUUGGCUCUGCUGGAGAAGGAAUGUGUGGCUCUGAGUCCUCAGCUUGGAUCUCUGAGGUUCAUACAGCUUUAUUCUGGACUGGGCAGGCUGACCCAGCGGGUCUAUGAGUCUGACCCCAGCACUCUGCUCAAGGAGGGCGACUGCUUUGAUGGUGUGGAAGUUGGAGGUCCAGGCGUCAGGAGGAAGGUUAUCCUCACCGAUGCGCUCGGAGAGGCUUCCUUCUCCCAGCGCGGAAUCCGAUACGUGGUUGACUCUGGUUUCCAGCUGAAAACUGUUUACAAUCCUCAAAUCCGGGCCAACUCCCAGGUUCUGAGGCACAUCAGCAAACACCAGGCUGACAUGAGGACUCAGAGGAUCAACUGUCAGCUUCCAGGACUGUGUCUCCGUCUGUACUCCCAAUCCCUGUAUGAGACGGGGAUGAUGGAGGCUCAUUGUCCCGGUGUGAUGGAGGAGAAUCUCAGCCAUCUGGUUCUGCUGCUGAAGAGGCUGGACAUUGCUGACAUGGGCCAGUGCAAGUUCCUGGACAGACCAGCUCCUGAAGCUCUCAUGCAGGCCUUGGAGGACCUGGAUUAUCUGGCGUCGCUGGAUGAUGAUGGGAACCUGUCGGAGGUGGGAAUCAUAAUGUCAGAGCUGCCGCUGGAGCCGCCGCUGGCGAAAGCUCUGAUAGCUGCCUGCGAGUACGACUGUGUAGAAGAGCUGCUGACGAUCGCCGCCAUGCUCACAGCUCCUUCCUGCUUCCUGGUUCCAGACCCCAGCAGGGAGGAAGCUGCUGUUUCAGUCUGGAGGCCCCUGAUGCACUCAGAGGGCGAUCACAUGACCCUCAUCAACGUUUAUAACGCCUUCAUGGAGCAUAACGAGGACGAGGCGUGGUGCACUGCCAACUUUCUCAGUCACACCGCCUUACGUCUCGCCAUGGUGAUCAGGGCGGAGCUUCUGGAGGUGAUGCAGAGAAUAGAGCUUCCUGUUUCCCCACCUGCUUUUGGUUGUCAAGACAACUGCACAAAUAUCAAACGCGCACUCAUCUCAGGCUUCUUCCUCAAAGUGGCUUAUGAUGUGGACGGCUCCGGUAACUACCUUCUACUGACCCAUCGCCACGUGUCUCACCUUCAUCCUUUCUCUUCGUACUGUUGUCGGCAGCCGUGUCCGAGUCCUCCCAGCUGGGUCCUCUACCACGAGUUCACCAUCUCCCGGGACAACUGCAUUCGCAUCGCCUCCGAGGUCCACCCUCACAUGCUUGUGGAGCUGGUGCCUCAGUACUUCCUGGGAAACUUACCAACUAGCGACGGCAAGGAGAUGCUGAUGGAGCUCAGGCAGAGUUUAGCGCCCCCAUCAGGUGAGCUGGACUCAGUGGCAGAAGAACACAACAGAACUCAGAAAGAUGUCGACACAACAGAGACUCACAAUCAGUCCAGCACAGAGCUCUGUGUCGUCCAAUGAGACGUAAGACGCGGGGCUUCUCAGAAGACAUGUUGGUUCAUGACUUGGUCUGAGUCGGUACUUGUAAUCAGUUAUCCUCAAGUCUUUUUUCAGGUUUGAUCUGGACUUCUGCUGGAGUAAAAACGCUAAUUGAGGAGUUCUGAAGAACUCCAUGUACAGCUGCUGAAGAAGACAUUCAUGCUAAUUCUUUUUCUAUUUUGUGUUUUAAUUUAAAAUGCUGUUUUAUCUCUUAUUUAAUGAGUGGUUUCUGUUAAAGUUUUAUUUUUAAAUUGAAAACAACAUGAAAUGAAGUUUGUUGAAAGACUUUGGUCUUAAAGCAACAUACAGAACCUCAAUGUGCUGAAACACUGUUGUAAGACUUGAACUCUAUGCAGAUGACAUCAAGAUUUACUGUGAAUGUCAGAGCUUCUAUUUUUCACCUACUUCCCACAGUUUGUGUGUUUGGUUUUCCUAUUAAGAUCUUCCCUCUGCCCCGUUGUUUUAUUAGCUAAAUAAAAACAACUUUAUAUUAAA